UUGGGGGUGUGGUAUGUAUGUAUUUACUCUGCAGAAUGUUGGUACUGUCUGUCCUAUUAUCAUAGCAAAAAAGUGACAGAAAAGCUAGAAUAGAAACUGGGACUUCAUUUAAGGGAGGGUUUGGGCUUAAUGUUAGUUGUGGCAAAGCAGACAGGAUUCAUUUAUGUCUUCAGAGACUAUCCGUGAUGGCAGCAAGGUGGCCUGAAGAAGGUGUCUUUUCUUGUUAAGGUUACUUCUACAAGACAUUCCUCUGAAACAGAGCCCAGAGACAACCUGAAGCAAACAUCUCAACUCUGAACUUCAGUUUGGGCAUCAAUUCCAGGUUUGCUCCCAAUCAUUAAAGAGAAAAUGCUGCUAUCAGUGGCUUCCAGACCUGGGAUUUCGACUUUUGGCUAUAACAAGAACAACAAGAAGCCAUAUGUGUCAUUGUCUCAGCAGAUGGCACCACCUAGUCCAAGUAACAGUACCCCUAAUAGUAACAGUGGGAGCAAUGGAAAUGACCAGCUGAGCAAAACCAACCUGUACAUCCGGGGAUUGCAACCAGGCACCACUGACCAGGACCUUGUCAAGUUGUGUCAGUCAUAUGGCAAGAUUGUCUCCACUAAGGCCAUACUGGACAAGACCACAAACAAAUGCAAAGGCUAUGGCUUUGUGGACUUUGACAGUCCUUCAGCUGCACAGAAAGCUGUAACAGCACUGAAAGCCAGUGGUGUGCAGGCACAGAUGGCAAAGCAACAGGAGCAGGACCCCACAAAUUUAUAUAUAUCAAACCUCCCAUUGUCAAUGGAUGAGCAAGAACUAGAGGGAAUGUUGAAGCCCUUUGGCCAGGUUAUCUCCACUCGAAUCCUUCGAGACACCAGCGGGACCAGCAGAGGGGUUGGUUUUGCAAGGAUGGAGUCCACAGAGAAGUGUGAAGCCAUCAUCACCCACUUUAAUGGAAAAUAUAUUAAGACACCCCCUGGAGUACCAGCCCCGUCUGAUCCAUUGCUUUGCAAAUUUGCUGACGGUGGUCCAAAGAAACGACAAAACCAAGGAAAAUUUGUGCAAAAUGGACGGGCCUGGCCAAGGAAUGGAGACAUGGGUGGCAUGGCCUUGACCUAUGACCCAACCACAGCUCUUCAGAAUGGGUUUUACCCAGCUCCGUAUAACAUCACCCCCAACAGGAUGCUUGCUCAGUCUGCACUCUCCCCGUAUCUUCCAUCUCCUGUGUCUUCAUAUCAGAGAGUAACGCAGACAUCUCCUCUACAAGUACCUAACCCGUCUUGGAUGCACCACCAGUCAUACCUCAUGCAGCCUUCAGGUUCAGUUCUGACUCCAGGCAUGGAUCACCCCAUUUCUCUCCAGCCUGCCUCCAUGAUGGGACCUCUAACCCAGCAACUGGGCCACCUCUCCCUCAGCACCACCGGCACGUACAUGCCACCAGCUGCAGCCAUGCAAGGAGCUUACAUCUCCCAGUACACCCCUGUGCCUUCUUCCAGUGUUUCAGUUGAGGAGAGCAGCGGCCAGCAAAAUCAAGUGACGGUGGAUGCUCCUUCAGACCAUGGGGUCUAUUCUUUCCAGUUCAACAAGUAACAGUGGACUUCCCUCCCCAUCUUUGUUGAAUACAAAUGAACUAUUGGAAAUGCUGAUGCUCCCAGACUCCAGAGGGCUAACCAGGAAUACAGACCAUCUGGGGGCCCUGCUAAGAACUAACACCUGGCCAUCGUUUUUCACAGGCCUGGGCCUGAACAAGAAAUCUCUGCACUCCUGCCCUCUUCUACUCCUCCAUUCCUGAUGGAGGCUGGGGGAACUGUCACUUUUUGUGUAUGCUACAUUCAAGGUGAUCAAAAAAAUUUUUUCUUUCUUUUGCAAAGAAAGUUUUAUGUUGUUUUUAACUGCAAUAUACUCUUUCCCUACCCCAAGGA